UGGAUGGGAUUUCUCCUUUUGCAUCUCUUCCAACUACGACGAGGCAGUCAUGUCCUCACUCUACGGCAGUAGACCCAAUGAAUAGCCCCAUUUCAUGGCAGCUCUCGACACGCCUUGGAUGACCUCCAUGUCGGAUACUUCGUCCACGUCCGCGAAUGGCGGACACCACUCCGCAAAGCACGACAAGAAUGAGACCAACAACAACAGCAGCAACACGAACAAACCGCCGACGGUAGCCGCCUUUUCGCCUACAUCUUCGCAUUCAUACCCGCAGACGAGGCAGCGGUCGACUAUUCUUGUGCAUCAGAAGAGUCCGCUGUUACUAGCGACGCCGCCGCAGGUUACAAGAGCUUUGGCAUAUUCACAUCCUUUUAUUGUUCCGUUGAACAAGCUUGUGGGAUUGCUGUCAUGGACGACGGGUGAUGCUUGGGAGAGCUUCCUGUUCGUGGCCGCCUUCUGGUUCACCGUGCUCUAUGGAGACUACAUCUUGCGAUACACUGGACCGUUGAUUCUGGUCACCAUCCUGAUCGUGGGCAUGUACCUGAGAAGGUACUCUCCUCUAUCCUCAACAGGCUGGACUGGAGAGAAGAAGAAGGGACACAGAAGGGAUCCGUCGGAUGGUGUCAAGCAUCGCAAGUCGUUGGAUGAGAUAUUGUCGACUCUGCAGACCUUCACUACACGGUGCAAUAUCCUGCUCGACCCUCUACUACGCUUGACCGAUUUCUUGUCCACACAGCAGACGGCAACUUCGGCCACGACACAGCCCGCUCUUACCACUCUGUUUAUCCGCAUCAUGCUCACAUCCCCUCUAUGGUGGGCUCUUACCCUCCCUCCCCUCCGCAUUAUUACUACGAAACGAAUCAUCCUGGUCUUCGGCACCAUCCUCAUGUCCUGGCACUCUCGUCCGGCACGCAUUAGUCGCACCAUUCUCUGGCGCUCAAAGACAGUAAGAGAAAUCUGUACCAUAAUCACAGGUCUAGACUUUGGUGUCCCUACCUCCUCAGCACCGCCACUACCUCCAAGACCAGGCACAAAAGGCGCCAUCAACGUCAAUGCCAAACCAAACGAUUCCGGGGAAAGCAUCCGCUUCACCUUCACCCUCUACGAAAAUCAACGUCGCUGGCUAGGCAUCGGAUGGACAGCUAGUAUGCUAGCCUACGAACGUAAUUCCUGGACCGAUGAACACUUAAACCCUACAUUCGACACGCAACACUUCACUCUCCCCGAAGUGGAAGGCGGAAUGGCAAAAUGGAGAUGGGUAGACGACAGCGAAUGGCAUGUCGAACUCCCCUCGUCCAAGAAAAAUAAAUCAAAAGAUGCCGCUCUGGACGACGAUGACGCAUGGAUUUACUAUGACAAUAAAUGGCGGGAUGGACGCAGAGGACAAGAUGGAUGGGGCCGCUACACACGCCGCAGAAAAUGGCUUCGUGAUGCAGAAUUAGUAGAUGUGGUUCCUGAACCAGAAGCGCCAAAACCCGCCACUGCUGAAAAGGAAGGGAAAGAGGGAAAAGCAAAACCACCGCCUCCGCCUCCACGCCCAACUCCUUCAAGAAACACAAGUAAUCUCACUCAACAGCUCAAAAACGCCACCACCACCACCACCACAACCUCUUCCUCCUCUCACGCACCUACACCCUCCCUCACCACAGCCUCCACAACCACAACCACUGCCAGCGACCUCGGCUCCCCAUCCAGCAGCUACAAACGCAAAUCCUGGAUCCCUGGAAGCAGCGCCGGAAGUAAAAACAGUGCUGGGAGUAGAAACAGAGCACACAGUAAUGCUAGCACGAGCGCUUCUACGAAUACGGAAACGAGAUUGAGUAGGGCGGCACAGGGGAGUGAUGAUUUCGCUCCGCCGGUGGGGAGGUUGAAGGGGGAGGGGGCGGAUUGGGGGUUGGGUGAUGAUGUUAGUAUGGGGUUGGGAUGAUUGAGGAGGAUGGGGAAGGGGAUAGGAGGACGAAAGGAGGGGUGAUAGGGACAAGCGAGGAGGAGAAGAGGGAAUAACGGGUAUGGGAAGUGGAUAGGAUAGGAUGGAUAGGGACGAAGUCACGUUUAUUGCUCAUGACAAUCUUUCUUUUCUUGUUCUUUUUCUUGCACAUCUUGCAGUAUCAUCAUUUCUCUCCGU